CUCCGGGCCCCGCCCUCGCGUUCCUUCCUUCCCGAGGCUGGCAGGCGGGUCGCGUCGGCUGCAGGCGGCGGACCGGCAGACCGGCAGACGGGCGGGCACCUCUACCUCGCUCUCUCCCUCGCUGCUGGCUUCCUUUUGUCUUUCUCGGCGGCGAUGAGCGCGGGGCCGGCGCGAAGGCUGCGGGCGCAAGGAGGCCCGCGCUCCUAGCCACACUUCCCGGUCUCGGCGUGCUUGUCCGGGGCAGCGGCCCGCGCCUGCUCCAGCGCGGCGGCACCGAACUUGGGCUCGGGAAGCCGGCUGACCGCGUCUUGCGCGGGAGCAGGGCGUGGUCUAGUGGCCCAGACAAGGACGUGCAACCAGCCCCUGGAAGUUCUGAUACCUGUUCUGUCUCCACCUCCACUUGGUCUUAGGCGUAGCCGGCGGCCACCAUGGGCAAGCAGAACAGCAAGCUGCGGCCCGAGGUGCUGCAGGACCUGCGUGAGAACACAGAGUUCACGGACCACGAGCUGCAGGAGUGGUACAAGGGCUUCCUCAAGGACUGCCCCACCGGCCACCUGACGGUGGACGAGUUCAAGAAGAUCUACGCCAACUUCUUCCCCUACGGCGACGCCUCCAAGUUCGCCGAGCACGUCUUCCGCACCUUCGACACCAACGGCGACGGCACUAUCGACUUCCGGGAGUUCAUCAUCGCGCUGAGCGUCACCUCCCGGGGCAAGCUGGAGCAGAAGCUCAAGUGGGCCUUCAGCAUGUACGACCUGGACGGCAACGGCUACAUCAGCCGCAGUGAGAUGCUGGAGAUCGUGCAGGCUAUUUACAAAAUGGUGUCCUCUGUGAUGAAGAUGCCCGAGGACGAGUCCACUCCAGAGAAACGGACAGACAAGAUCUUCAGGCAGAUGGACACCAACAAUGAUGGCAAACUGUCCCUGGAAGAAUUCAUUAAAGGUGCCAAGAGCGACCCCUCCAUCGUCCGAUUGUUACAGUGUGACCCCAGCAGCGCAAGCCAGUUCUAAGGGAUCCGGCGUCUGGACAGUUACAGAGAAACACAGGCUUGUCUCGCCGUUUAAGCUUUGCUUGCAAAAGUGGAUGCCUCUUCAAUCAUUCCUGCUCUCCCGGGCCAGGCCAGGUGGCCCGUGGCACCUGCCUGGCCCUGUGGCUGCACCUCCCUCCUCCACCUGGCCUUCUCCCACCCCCUCCCCAGUCCCAUCCAGGGUGACUCCUGGGGAUGUUUACACGCAGGGCUCAGUGUUCUCGCUUCCAGGGCACGUCCCUGCCCACAGGAAGCGCAGAGGACACCACCGAGGACACUGGUGGGACUUCCGAAGAUGGCGCUAAGGCCAGCUAAUUUACUUUGUGAUUGCAGGUGACUGGGGGUAAGGUGGGAACAAGAAUGGAGGGAGAGUAGACGGCAAGCCCUCCCCGUGCAUGGCUCCACCUAGCUCGUUCAUUUUCUCUGACCAAAGCCGCUCGCACGUAUAUAUACUGUGGUCUCCUUUCUUUUAAUAUAUAAAUUAUGCGUAUGGUGAAGUGAAACGUCACGUGUAGGUUCCGUAUUUAAUGCCUCGAUUGCCUCUGAAGCGUGGUUCCCUUGUGGCCUGUGACCCUUCCGAGCCUGCUUAUUUUGUGGUAUUUAUGCACUCAAUUUGCCCGUUUCAAAAGGAAAUGCAUGCGUGCCCGUUGCCGUGGAGACCCUCCCAGCCACAUGGUGACCGCAGGUGUCUGUGUAAGUUUUGUCCUCCUGUUGAUUGGUCUGGCAUUUCCUGUAUUAAAAUGACCAAAUAAACAGAAUCCUCUGAG